AUGCUCGCCAACAAGCGCUUCUUCUUGGCCGUCGUCGCGCUCCUCGCGCUGUCGGCCGCCAUCGCCUCCGGGUCCAACUGCGGCAGCAAGCGCGUGACCCGCGAGCGCAUCGUCGAAUGGCACGACAAGAUUUACAGCACCACCAACGUGCUGGGCGCCCCCGGCGGCGGCGCUUCGGGCCUGCGUGCGUGGGCCAUGGUCGUCACCGCCAUGUUCGACGCCGCCAACCUGGCCGACGACUCGGAGUACGCCAGCUACCUGGACCUCUCGGGCAUUCCCUCCAGCAUCAACGUCAACAAGGCCGAGCCCCUGGCCGCCGCUGCCAAGGCUGCCGAGGUGGUGCUCAACGGUCUCAUUCCGGCCAGCGCCAGCGCCGACGUCCGCAACAUGCUCAAGUUCUCGCACCUGUCGCAGCUCAGCGUCCACCUCGGCGCCCUGCCCGACAACUACAAGACCGCCAACGGAAUCGCCCUCGGCGAAUUCGUGGGCCUCCGCAUGCUCGCCAACCGCACCAACGACGGCCACCCGCCCAACAACUGCAACAACUGGCCCAGCCCGGCCACCGCGGCCUGCCCCAACUCGGUGCCCAACAGCACCUUCUGGUACAAGUACCAGUACGACCUGCCCUACUUCCCCGGCCAGCCCAACUCGCCCGGCUACCCCCAGGUGCGCCCGUUCGCCAUCCCCGCCUACGACUCGGCCCUCUUCACCGUUCCCGCCCAGCCAGCCCCCGGCACGCCCCAGCACCUGUCCGACUUCGCCGAGACCUAUGCCUUCGGCACCAGCAACGCCAGCCUGUCGGCCCGCACCGCCGAGACUGACGCCAUCGCCCGCUUCCACGACGGCAACUUUGGCUCGCAGGUCGGCUGGGCCAUGGACUAUGUGUCGAGCUCGGGCAUCGACGUUGACGGUGUGGACCUCCUCCGCGUGCUCGCCCUGGCCGCCAUCUCGUCGCACGACGCCCAUGCCACCCACUGGCUCUACAAGUACACCCAUUACAACGGCCGCCCGAUCGUGGCCUACCGCACCGUCACCCCCGACUCGCCGGCCCACGCCUACGUCGACCCGUCGUGGACCCCCGUGCUGACCACCUCGCAGACCCCCGAGCACCCGUCCGGCCACUCGGCCCGCUCCGGCGGAGCCUGCUUCGCCUUCAUCAAGGCCUUCGGCGACGUGCCCCCUAACGGCAACUUCCGCACCAUCUCCUACUCGCAGCCGCAGCUCGGCUCGCGCACCUACACCUCGAUCAUGCAGUUCUACCAGGAGGUGCACAACAGCCGCGUCUACGGCGGCGUCCACUGGCGCUCGGCCCUGAUUGCCGGCCAGAACCUGGCGGAGCAGGUCACGAACUAUGCCUUCGGCAAGAUCCUGCGCCGCAACUAA